AUGCAACCUUUACCUGUCCGUAAGGACGCCAUGGACAAAAAGGAAUCAUGCCCCAUGUACCCGGUCGGGGGCUUCAUAAUCUCCGGGGACCCUACUCCCACAGCGAUGGUAACGGGCUGUGGCGGGUCGAAUGCUACUGUGACCCAGGCUAGUCAGGUGAUAACACCGGGCCAGACUAGUCUACAUGCUACUGGUGUCGCAGGAGGUCAAUCUGGUAUACCCAGAUUGGCUGAAUGUAAAAAACAAAAAGCAAUUGGUGGUAGUGUCAUAAGCGGCGAGGUACCUCUGGACUUCUCUCUAAGUACCUCCAAAGCUGCUAAAGCCCUAACCGUCAAGGCGGUUAAAACCCUUGCCUCGGGUGCCUCUGGGGGGGAAGCGACUAAGUCGCUCCUCUCAGUCGUUUCCCAAAUGCCAACUGUGCGAUCAGGGUCUGUGAUGGAAUCCUCCUGCCCUGAAGCCGCACCACCCCCUGCCAACUCCGGCUCUGAUAGCAGUCUAAGGCAUAAAAAUCCUGCCAGAAGGGCUGCUACCACCAGGCGUUCCGCCAUUCGCUUCAUUGAGGCUCUUGCUCACAUUGCUGGUCUCAAGACCGCCCCUCCUUCUGCUGAGUCAUCAGCGGUGCCUAAACGGCAACGUUCAGAGGAGGACGCGACAAUUAAGAGCCAGCAACCGGGUCCGAAAAGGCCUAAAGCGGCACAACGAUCUCUAGCUAAGUCCUUUAGCGAGAUUGUCAAAGACAACCUCGUUAGGGCGGUUAUAGAUCGAAGUGUCAAUGACGAAUCCAUAUCUCAAUCAAAUUGGGAUAUGGUGAAGCAAAAACUGGUAGGGGUGUUUUGGAAAGUUCUCAAAGAGAACCCAGGCACUCCUCCUCAAUGCGAUGACGCUGGUUGGUACCAGGGUCACGUUAAACUCAUGUCUUGUGUGGAUGAACGCUCAGCGUUGCUACUCAAGACUGCCGUCGCAUCGUUGGGCGAAGUAUGGCCGGGAUCUAGGCUUGAGGUGGUAUCGGUGAGUGAGAUACCCCGAAAGCCUAGGUCCAUAGCUAAAAUACCAGCUGAGCCAUCUAGCCCGGAGGAGAUCUUGGAGAUCCUCCAGUGCUGUAACCCACAGCUUCCAACUAACGACUGGAAAGUUGUCAAGGUUACUGAUGCUGAGGGAUCUUCCAGAAAGGCGAUCGUCGUCCUGAAUAAGGACUCCUUGGGGCCGCUAAGGAAGACACAAGGGAAGGUGUACUAUGGAUUUGGUACGAUCAUCCUGCGUGUCUACCGUAGCGACAACAAGGACGAUACCUCCUCAGAGGAUGUAAAACCCAUGCCCUCGGAAGAGGACAUGGAAUGCAAUGACGCCGCUGGUCCAAUCGACAUUGAAGAUACCAACUCUGUCUCCGAACUGGUUGGUACCUUCUUUGAACGGAUGGACGAGGCGGUGGACGAGGACACCCUCCUGAAUUAUGACCAGGAGGACGCCGACGUCACCGUUGUACAAAUUGAGCAUGGUGAAGGUGACGCAAAUAAACCUUCACCACUCUAAGGCAGCAUCUGCUGCACUGCUCCUCCGAAUUGCUAAGAACGGGGAGGAGCUAGUCAUGGUCCAGGAACCUUGGAUCCACCAGGAUCGUAUCUGUGGACUAUGUCUGAAGGGCUAUAAGCUCUACUACGCUAAAAGCGCAGCAAUGAAGAUACAGUAGCAGUCUCAUGGGAAACCAAUGAAGGCAGUUUGUUGUGGCUGAUUUCCAGCUAUAUGGCGCACGAUCAUGGGGAGCAUCCGCCAAAUGAUGCUGUCCGCAGUGCUGUUAAAAUGGCGAAUAGGUCUAAGAUACCUUUAGUUAUCUGUGCUGACGCUAACUCGCACCACAUCAUAUGGGGUAGCAGUGACACCAAUACAAGAGGUGAGAGUCUUUUCAACUUCAU